GGAUCCGCGGCUCUCAGGCAUCAAGCUCACUCAAGGCGAAACAUAGACAUAUAAAAGCCAUCGAAGUUGAACUUCUUUCCUCCCUCCUAUCCUGCAUCCUUCCCUCGUUGAUAGCUUUGAGAGCAUACCCUUUUAUAUCUCUAUAAGUUAACUUAUUUAUUUAUUUUUCCAUUACAACCAAUCUUGAAGAUUGUUUUGUGAUCCCUUUUACGCUUUCUUUUUAUCCAUUCUUAAAUUUCCACAAGAUGUUGUUAGGUAACUUAGUCGGAGCUCUUGCUCUUAGUGCUCCUAUCGUUCAGAGUAUACCUACUUUUGGACCCGGUGGUCGUGCUGGCUUUGGCGCUGGAGCCAGUGCAGGAGGUGUUGGAGCGUGCUGGUGCCGGCGGUAGUGUCGGAGCGGGUGUUCGAGGAGGAGCUGGUGUCGGAGCUGGUGUUGGAGUGGUGUGGAGCUGGUGUUGGAGCUGGUGUCGGAGCUGGUGUUGGAGCUGGUGUCGGAGCUGGUGUUGGAGCUGGUGUCGGAGCUGGUGUUGGAGCUGGUGUUAGAGUCGACGCUUCUGUCAGUUUGGUCGCUGGAUUUCAAGCUUGUACCGGUCUCAUUGCUGGCUAUGAAGCCAAGUUCAGAACUGCCUGUCAGCAAAAUGAUGUCGGAGUACUUGUCAGCGCACUUGGCAGUAUCAAAGCCUCGAUCCAAGGUUUGGGAGUCGAUGCUGAUGCUUAUGCACACGUUGGUGCUGAUAGUUCUUACUACCAACACUGUCGGUGUAUUUGUCAAGCUUCAAGUCUUGAUCAAACUCAUCGCUGAUUAUAAGCUCAGCUCUGCAUGUCAUGGCGCCAUCAUUGAUCUACAGGCCUCUCUUAGUGGCAUGGUUUCUGUAGUCAAUUCCGUUGGUAUCAAUCUCUCCGCCAAACUCUCCGCUGCUGUGAACCUUGACCUUUUUGCCCAAAUCGGACUUCAUUUCGGUUUCAACGUUGGUGCCGGAGCUGGAGCGGGCGUCGGAACUGGAGCUGGUGUUGGAGCUGGAAUUGGAGGCGUUGUUGGUGCCGGAAUUGGAGGCCUCGUCGGUGCUGGUGUAGACGCUUCCGCUCAUUUGGUAGCUGGCUUUCAAGCUUCUGCCGGUCUCAUCGCUGGUUACGCAUCCAAAUUCGAGAAGGCGUGCCAAACACACGACAUCGGAUUUCUUGUUAGCGCAUUAGGUAGUAUUCAAACCUCAGUUGCAGGCUUAGGAGCAAAUGCAGAUGUUUACGCUCACGUUGGUACCGAUGUCCUUACUACCAAUGUUAUCGCGUUGUUUGUCAAACUACAAGUCUUACUGCGAUUUAUUGUUGACUACCAGUUGACCUCUUCAUGCCAUGUCGCUAUCAUCUCUUUACAAGCUCCUCUCAAUGCUAUUAUCUCGGUCGUUGGGUCCACUGGUAUCGAUGUUCGUGCCAGAUUUUCCGCCUCUCUCGACUUGAAUCUCUUUACUCAAAUUGGCCUUGGCUUCGGCUUUGGUGCCACUGCUGGUGCUGGUGUUGGUGCUGGUAUUGGUUCUCUUGUCGGAGCUGGUACCAACGCUGUUGCGGGAGCUGGUUUUGGUGCGAAGGCUGGUUUUAACGUAGAUGCCUCUGCUAAAGUAUUUGAUGAAUUCAAAGCAUCAACCACCGCUGUUGCUUCUUAUACUCCAAGCUUCAAGACUGCCUGUGAAUCGAAGGACAGUGCUGUCCUCAACAAAGGAUUGACCACCAUUGCGGCUUCGAUCUCAGGCAUUGGAGGAAAAUCUGAUGACCUAGUCCAUGUCACUGCCGAUGCUCUCUGCUCCCAAUAUUUUGAGCUUCUGAUCAAAUUACAAGCCCUCUUGAAACUUAUUGCCAGCUAUAGUUUGACUUCCUCAUGUCAUGACUCCAUCGUCUCUUUCAACAAUCCUCUGAAAGUCUUACUCUCAGUCCUUGUCUCAGCUGGUGUUAAUGUUGCUGUGAAAGCCCAUGCAUACGCUUCUCUCGACUUAAGCUUCUUUGCUAGCGUCGGUGUUAAUCUCGGCAUUUGAACUGGUUCUCAAACUUACAGUUCUUUGUAACCCUUUCUUUCAUCUUAUGGACCUUUUUAUUUUUAUUUUACGAACAAUUGAUGACUGUAACGUUUAUGUAAUGCAUUGCAUCACUCACUGGCUGGGAUUGUGCAAUCAUGACCCCCACAUAUUUUCCUA